AUGACUCAUUGUGCCCUGCUCGAGUACUGCAAACCUGGCCUGUUCCCGCACUGGAGGACGCUGGGUACAUCGGCCAGCCAGGAGAACUGCCGGGUGGCCAUGGAGAAGGCGCGCGAGGAGUUCGGCGUCCCGCUCAUCCUGACGCCCGAGGACCUGGCGAGCUCCAACUUGGACGAGCUGUCCGGCAUGACCUACCUCUCCUACUUCAUCAACGAGGACAGCCCCGGGUACAAGGCCACGCUGCGGUGGAUCCAGACGAGGCUGCCGCACCUCCGCAUCUCAAACUUCACCAGUGACUGGAAUGAUGGACUGGCCUUGUGCUCCUUAGUGCAUUCACUUGGUGCUUCUGUAGAGGAUUUUGAGCACCUGAGCAGGGAUCGAUCACAGUGGGAGUCAAACUUGCAAAAGGGUAUCAAUGGCGGCAAGUACCUAGGCGUGGAUCCCCUACUGACAGCCAAGGAGCUAGCAGACCCUGAAGUACAGCCAUUAGGUGUCAUGGCAUACGUAGCUAGGUUCCAAGGCAUCUCACCAAAAAGGAGGCCCCGGGAUAAGCUCACCGUCACGGGCACCGACCUGAAUAAUGUUCACGUCAACAAACCGGCUCACUUCAAGGUGCACAUAAAGGAAGGCAAAGUGGACCUGAGGCAAGUUCGAGCCGAAGUUCGAGGUCCGUCACUCACUCCCGUCGAGUGCAAGCUUCAACUGAACCAGAACGGGGGUUCGGGCACAUUUGUUCCUGUUGAAAUAGGAAUGCAUGCACUAAGUGUGUACUGUGAAGGAGAACUGGUAACUGGCUGCCCUAUGCACGUCCGUGUUCAUCCGGAUAUCUCACGGAUUCUCUUCUCUGGCAUCGACCCUUGCGCCCUUGGAUCUUUGGUUGAAGUACUGAUUAGCUCCAACGGGGCUGGAACUGGCAAUAUCCAUGUAGAGGCUGUGGCACCAAGUGGCAAGACUAUGGAAUGCACUGUCAAGGAAACUGAUGGUGUUUUCACGUCUACGUUUAUGCCAAACGAAAUUGGUGAAUGGAAAAUUGAUGUCACUUAUUCUGGUGAGCACAUCCAAGGCAGCCCCUUCACAUGUUAUGUUUAUGACCCAACGCAAGUCACAAUCAAUGGCCCCAGUGCUGUGCAGAUGGGUAAAGAAGUGGUUUUUGAGUGCGAUGCCAGUCGUGCUGGUUGGGGCAAGGUUCAGCUGGAGGUACAAAUCGAUGGCCACAAUGUUCCAGUCAGCAUAGAUGAGAGAGGCGAUGGCAUCUACGUAGUCUCAUUCUUACCUUCAAGAGAAGGCCACUACAAGAUUUUUGCCACAUUCAACAACGUUGAUGUACAUGGCUCUCCAUUCACAAUAGUCUCCACUGCUGACGAACCAGAAUCUCCAAGUUCGCUCAACGAUGCCUUCUUCACUCGCACGCUAACACCAAGCGGAGAUCGUGUGUCCAGCUCCGCGUCAUCUUUCUUCCCUUCCUCCCUGGCGUCGUCUCGGGUCACAUCCCCAACAAAGACGGAUCCCGACGGUCGCGUGUCGCGCAACGCUGUCGAGUUCCUUCAGUCCCGCAUCGAGACGACGACGACCACACGACAAGAGACAAGCGUCACCCACGCAACGAGAACAAACGUGGAAAGUGCGGGAAGCAGAACCGUUUCGACGCCACCUCGAGGUGCCACGCCUGAGCGGCCCUCGUCACGACACAUGAGCAAGGCGCCACCACCUCCUACACCGAGAAAGCCUGCGCCAGCUGUCCCCUCACCAUCUGUUCGAAACCAGAGCCGUGCACUGUCCGAGGAGCGGAAUGGGAACAGGGAAGAGCAGUUUUCAAGCUCAAGGAACUCCUCAACACUGGAGCGGCGUAAAAGUCCGGAGAUGAGGCAGAUGACUCCACCAGUAGUGGCCCAGCGCCAGAUAACAAAAGAAGAGCACCGCUUGGACAGCCGCCAAGAGACGCAUCACCAUAUCGAGCACCAGAGAAUUCGGACAAGUGAGACGAGCAGUGAAGCCAAGACAGUGCAAGGGACAAGGCAGGCAGGGCCUCCCCCUGUUGCUCCCAGAGGAGGAGGUGACAUUGCUCAAGUGAAAAUAUCGGGUGAGGCUCUCAAGCUUGUGCCUGUCAAGCAACCUGCAACAUUCCGCAUCAGUGCUCCUGACUUUGACCGAGACGACUUCCAGGUGACAAUCGCUGCGCCCACUGGACGAGAGUUCCCUGUGCACAUGGAUGUGCCACAUCCUGGAGAGAUAGACGUCGAGUUUAUCACAUCUGAAGUUGGCGAGCACGUCAUUGAAGUGAAGCUGCAGGGACGGCCACUGCCAGGUAGCCCCUUCCGAAGUCAUGCCUUUGACGCCACCAAGAUAAAAGUGGGAGACGUUCCCAAUGGAGUGGUCGGACAUCCCGUGGAGUUUGAGAUUGAUGGUGCUGAAGCUGGCUCGGGCAACCUAGAGAUCAUGGUGAAUGGCGACCAUGUCACAAGCCACGUCAAACCGCUUGGUGGCCACCGCUUCCUUGCCUCAUUUGUUCCUCGCACAGCCACUGUGCACACAGUCGAGAUGAAAUUCAAUGGCGAGAAGGUUCCAGGUUCCCCAUGGAAGUGCGAGGUUCGAGAUGUGCCUAAACGGGGCCCAGUGUCGGCAAGGGGCCAGACCUUGCAGACAUUCAGCUGUGGCAAGACUGCCAGCUUUGAAGUGCACGCCCCAGGCUGCAGUAAAGACGACAUAAAAGUCAACAUCAAAGGACCUGGGAAAUCGAGGAUACAACCUGUUGUCGUGGAGCGCCCAGACUGCCAUGUCGUGGAGUUCACAGCCUUGGAAGCUGGUACCUACCAAAUCGAAGUUACAGCUGGCGGUCAAAAGGUUCCGGGCAGUCCAUUUGUGUCAAAGGCCUAUGAUGCUUCAUGCAUCACCCUUAGUGAUGUGCCACAGUCCUGUGUCGUAGGCCAAACAUCUCAGUUCCAAGUGGAUGCAUCGAGAGCUGGUGAGGGGCAGCUGGAAAUAUCCGUGAACAAUGGCGAAGUUCCCAACCAAGUGCAGGUGCUCAACAGUGGUCGGUGCCUGGUCAGCUUCAAACCUCUGCGACCUGUGCCCCAUGUGGUCAGCAUCAUGUUCAAUGGGGAGAAUGUGCCAGGUUGCCCAGUGGUGCUUCAAGUGUCUGAUGUGAACCAAUGCUCAUUAGACCUGAGUUCUCUGGAGCUAGUGCCUGUUAAUCACCCCAGCAGGUUUCAUGUGUCGGGGGUGUCUGAUGAAGACCAGCUGCGGGUGACCAUUGUCUCUCCGCACGACAAAAAGAUUCCUGCCAAAGUAAGCCGCAGUUCAAGAGGAGGACUGAAUGUCGAGUUUGUCCCUGACGAAGUUGGACCAUACAUGGUGCAGGUGGAGCAUGCUGGGAAGCUGCUUGCAGGCACGCCGGCGACCGUAAAAGCUUACAGUGCCCAUAAGGUGGAUGUGAGUGCUGUAUCGCAAGGCACACUAGGAAAACCAGUCCAGUUUACAGUUGAUGUGGGGUGCGCUGGUGAAGGCAACCUUGCCAUCUCGGUGACCUCUCGCAACCGCGAUGUCCCCACUGUGGUCCACCCCAUGGGUGGGGCCAAGUUCGCUGUUUCCUUUGUGCCUAAUGAUGGGUCAGAUCACAUCAUCAGCAUCAGCUUCAACAAGGAACCUGUGCCAGGAAGUCCCUUCAAGGUAAAAGUUCACGAUGGUGGAAAGAUUACAGCCAUGGACGUCUCCACGUUGGCUGCUGCUUCGGUGAACAAAGUGGUUGGCUUUGUUGUCCAGAAUGCUGCAGGAAAAGAGCAGGAUCUGACUGUCAAAGUCGAAGGUCCCGACAGUUCUCCACUGCCUUGUUCACUCAAGGACGCUGGAGACAGAAAUCUCAAGGUUGAAUUCUCACCCACCAAGGCUGGGGAACACAAGAUUCACGUGUCCCACCAAGGAUCUCCGAUCGCAGGCAGCCCGUUUGUCUGCAAAGUGUUUGAUGCUCAUCAAAUCAAAGUUCGUGAGGUGCCCAGAGGGUUUGUUGGGAAACCUGUCACCUUCCUUGUGGAAACAGCUCAUGCGGGUCCUGGAAAUCUCGAGGUCAUGGUGAACAACGGCAGAGUCCCCACAACUCCCCAGGCUCAGUCAACCACGCAGUAUGCCAUUACAUUCACACCGACCGAUGACCGGCCACAUGUAAUUGACGUUCGCUUUAAUGGAGACCAUGUACCAGGCAGCCCAUUCGAGUGCCAAGUGGUGGAUUUGUCCAAAAUAAAGGUUGUGGGAGAAGGCAUCGAACGAGUGGCUAUCAACCGGCCUGCUGCAUUUGUUGUCGACACUCAUGGACAAGACGUUGGGCAGUUGUCAGCUUCAGUGAUGGGUCCCAACCAAGUUUCACUGAAGACUCAUGUGACAGGAAAUCAUCACAGUGGUUAUCGUGUUGAGUACACCCCAACAGAAGUUGGGGACCACACCAUAGAGCUUGAGCUGGGUGGCCACUCCCUACCGGGAAGCCCUUUCAUGAGCAAGGUCUACGAUGCCUCCAAAGUGCGUGUGGCUGACAUCGGAACUGGAGUUGUUGGACGACCUGUCUACUUCACGAUUGAUGCCAGCCAAGCAGGAGCAGGAAAUUUGGAGAUUAUUGUGUCGGUCGGUGGCCGCAAUGUGCCUAACUACGUCCAAUCUGAAGGCAAUGCCAAGUUCCGUGUCAACUUUAAGCCAAGUGAACCACUGACGCACACCCUGAGUGUCAAGUUCAAUGGGGAACCUGUUCCAGGAAGUCCUUUCUUUGUUAAGGUUAGCGACAGCAACCAAUCAAUGGUGAGUGGAGCAUCGCUGAGGACAUCCUCAAUUGCACGGCCAGCCAAGUUUACCAUCGACUCAAAGGGCUCUGAGAAUACCGAUUGCAAGGUUACAGUUGUGGGUCCAUCGAGCAAAAAGGUUCCUGUAACUGUGACGAGAACUUCAACGACAACUUUUGAAGCAGAAUUUCAUCCAACUGAAGUUGGUCCAAACCAGGUUAAUGUUGUAUUAGAUGGAACACCAGUUCCCGGAAGUCCAUUCACAUGCAAUGUUUAUGACGUCAGCAAAGUCAGAGUCACAGGACUCAACCCUGGAGUUGUCAACAAGCCUGUUACCUUUCAAGUGGAUGCAUUGCAAGCAGGAAAUGGUACACUCGAGUUGGUUGUUCGGACACGCAAGUCCUCAGUCUGUGCCGAGUUUGCCAUGAAGAGUCAUGGAAUAUAUGAAGUGACCUUCGUGCCCAGAGAAAAAACACCUCACUAUGUCAACAUCACCUUCAAUGAAGAAGACAUCCCAGGCAAUCCAUUCAAGAUAGACAUCAGGGACAUUCAGGCGGCCGUCGAAGCCAAGGCAGCUCCUAGGAUGAGCACUUCUGCUGUGGUUGCACGUGGGGAUGGUCUCAAGCAAGGACUUGUUGGAUCCGCAAACUCUUUUGAGGUUGACACAAAUGGUGUUGGAGGAGACAUCGAUAUCAAGGUCACCGGUCCAUCUGAGGCUCAUCAAGUGCGAACCAACGUGCUAAAGUUGGAAAACAACAUCUUCCGCGCGGAGUAUCACACACGUGAUGUAGGUCUCUACAGGAUAGAAGUGCUGCACAAUGGCGUUCCAAUCUCGGGAAAGCCAUUUGUUGUGGAAGUGGUUGAUCCGAGCCGUGUCAAGGUCGUUGACAUUGAAGAUGGCAUUGUCGGCCGGUCGCAGACUUUCAGGGUUGACACCACGCGUGCUGGUCAUGGAGCACUCAAUGUGGUGAUCAUGGCCGGGGGUCGUGAGGUUCGCAACACUAUUCGUGAGGCUGGUCCUGGGGUCUUCAAGGUCUCCUACACGCCAAAGUCGGAUCUACCACACAAGAUCGAUGUAUACUACAAUGGCCACCAAGCACCAGGCUGCCCCCAGAUUGUGGAGGUAAGAGACCCUGGCCAUGCUAUCAUCGCUCAUGGAGCUGGCCUCAAGGCUUGUGAACUGGGAAAGACCUCUAGCUUCAUCAUCGAAACUGGAGGCUACGGAGAUGCGAAAGACUUCGAUAUUCUAGUAUCUGCUCCAAAUGGUUCACCCCUUCCAGUCAAGUGCUACCAGCAAAAGGAUGGUAGCCUUUUGGUGGAAUGGAAUGCAAACACAGCUGGAAGCCACAAGGUCGAAGUGCUUUACGAAGGAAGGCCCAUCCCUGGCUCACCGUUCCUUUGCCAGAUCUUCGAUGCAAGUCGAGUAAUCCUACAAAAAGUUCGCAGCACCACAUUUGCUGUGAAUGAAAAGAUCUCCUUUGCCCUGAAUCGUCGGGAUGCUGGCUAUUCUGAGCUUGACGUCACCGUAACCAGCCCCUUGGGCCGCCACCUACCCAUAGAGGUGAAGGGAACUGCUGAUGGGGACGGUGAGCUGAUUGAGUUCACCCCGACUGUUCCUGGCAAGUACCGCAUCGCCAUUACCUAUGGUGGCAUUGAAGUACCAGGGAGCCCAAUAACAUUCAUUGCACAAGAUGGGGGAACACCAAAGGUGACUGGGAGUGGCCUGACGGUUGCCCAGAGUGGUGUCAUGGCCUCCUUCAAGAUUGAUGCCCGUGGCAUAUGGGGACGACCUGAUGUUAGGAUCGAUGGGCCUGACUCGGAGCCAGAGCUGACUAUUGAAGAAGAAGAAGAGGGCAUCUAUGUGGUGUCCUACCUGCCUAUUGAGAUUGGAGUGUUUGAUGUUCACAUUCGCUGGAACGGCAAGGAUAUACCUGGAAGCCCAUUCCAUCCGAAAGUAGCCGAUCCGCAAAAAGUGCGAGCCAUUGGUGGCUGGGACAGCCUCAUGGAUGAUGAAGGCCGCAUCCCGCUCACUGUAGGACAGGAGAAGAAGAUAUCCGUGGAUGUCGGUGAUGCUGGGCCAGGCAAGCUCAAGGUGGAAGUGCGUGGUCCUGAAGACGUUGUGGAAACGCACUUGGAGCAGACCAGUAGCCACCGAUACCGAAUUACUUUCACACCUGAAGAAGAAGGGGACCACUUUAUUUACGUGUACUACAACGACGUGCCGCACCCUAACUCGCCAUUCUUGGCACAUGCUGAGCCACUGCCACCUGUCUUAGACCAUACCAGGGUGGUGCUGCGUGGGCAUGGUUUGACGGGUGCCAAGGUUGGCAUGGAGGCUGAAUUCGUCAUCGAUGGCUCUGAUGCUGGACCAGGUUGUCCUGAGGUGAGCCUGAAUGGCGUUAAGACCGACAUUCCAGUGCAGUUGGUACCGCUUGGCAACAACACAUACAAGGCCCUCUAUACACCUUCAACCCCAGGUGCCUACCUCCUCAAUGUCAUGUGGUCAGAGCGCCAGGUGAAAGGCUGUCCGCUCAAGGUGAUGGUGGCAGCCAGCUGCGAUGCAAGUCGCGUUCUCUGCUCUGGUGAUGGCCUCCGGGGAGGAACAGUGGGCAAGGAAAUCAAGGCCUUCAUUGACACUCGCAAGGGAGGGCCAGGGGAGCUGACUGCACAUUGCAUGGGCCCCCACAAGAUGGCACACUGUGAGCUUUAUGAUCACCGCGAUGGAACAUUCACUCUCUACCUCAAGCCACAAGAAGGUGGACGUCAUUUGCUUACCAUCAAGUACGGUGGAGACCAUAUUCCAGGAAGCCCCUACACCCUGCGCAUUGCUGGUGCACCCGACGCAUCCAAGGUACGAGUGUACGGGCCUGGCAUUGAGCCCGGUGUCCUGGCCGUCUACCAAAGCCGCUUCAUUUGCGACACCAGAGGAGCCGGUGCAGGUCAACUGACAGUACGCAUCAGGGGUCCCAAAGGUGCAUUCCGUGUGGAAAUGCAGCGCGAGAGCCAGAAGGAUCGCACGAUUCUUUGCAAGUACGACCCAACAGAGCCCGGUGACUAUCGCAUCGAGGUCAAGUGGUCCGGCGAGCAUGUACCGGGCUCGCCCUUCAUGGUGAUGAUCUUCGACACACAAGAAGAGCUAACGCGCUUCAUUCAGGGACAGUAUAGUGGCGGCCCAGGGAAUGCCGCUGCGGCAGCUUCGGACUAUUUUGGCGAUGGUGUCACAUACGGCACUGGCCAGAUGUCAUGGAGAGGCUCAACACAUGAACUUUGAUUGUGUCGAUAUUGGUACUUUCCAUUUUGUUGUGCAUUGUUCUAUAAUAGAUUACAAUAUGUGCUCCUAUUUCAAGAGUUUAUAGCAGUUCUUGUUAAAAUCUCUAAGGUCUUAAAGAAAGCGUUUUUAAAGACUAAAGCAACAUUAGGUUUGCCAGCUUGAAAACAGGAUGCCAUUCUAAUAACAAGCAAGCACUUUUUUUUUGCCAGAAUAAUAUCUGCCAAGCUUAGCGAAAAAUUGAAUUUGGGGAUUUCUGAGCGAUUUGUAAUACAUGGGUUAUUAAAAACCAUGCAAAUGCAUUUUGAUAGAUUGGGGAUUUCAAGAACUGCUAUGUGCCCUGUACAUCACCAUCAGUGUUUGCAUUGAACCACUGGCAUAAGUGCUCACCGACUGCAUGCCACUGUUGCAACAGUUUGCACACCUUCACUAAGUGAAAGGAAGGAAGUUGUGUUUUCAGUGUUACAGUUUAGAUUAUUUAUCAGCUGCUUUCACACUUAGUUGUUAGAAGUGCUUUUGCUGACAAAAUACUAAAGAAGAUGAGCCAUUCAGCGCAGUGCAGUGCACGGAUUUUGUGCCAAAUAAGUGUGAAGCAGGAAGCUACAUACAAGUAGAGCAGUUAAUUUGCAUAUCUUGGUGUAGUUGGAAGUGGGAAAAAAAAAUCUAUAGGCCAGCACUGUCAUUAUGCGACGCUGUAAACUAAUGGAACAGUUAUUUGGUGUUAAAUCUCUCGUUGUUUUUCCAUUGAAGGGCGUAAAUUCUGUCCCAGAUCAGCAUUUCAGAGCCAGCAAACAAGCAUUCAUUGUAACUAGGACUUGUUAGGUAGUCUGCUACGCUAUUUACUGUCAUGUGGUAUGAAUGUGUGAAACCAUCAUGUUGUUCGUUUCUUUCUCACACCUAUGACUGAUACUCAUGCAAAACUGUUUCAUCUGCAAAUCAAAUGGCCAAGAAGCAAGAAUAAUAUAUAUAUAUAUAUAUAUAUAUAAAACCUCAUGCAUAUUUGUAGUUAUUGAAGACCUGAUCUUUAGAGCAAACUAGCACUUUAUGUGGUGCAGUUGCAGUGCUGAGCAAGAAGCACUCUACACUAUGACUGCAGAAGCCUCUUUGCUCUGUGUACUGAGCUUUAUGGCUCUAAUGUUAAAUAACCUACUUGUGUACAUAGCUACAGACAGAACAGAGGCUGCAGGUAUGCUGCACUAUCAGCACAACAUUUAAGGGAGCCACAUUUCAGUGUACAUAACUUGUUUUUAAGCUGCUGUACAUAUAUAUAGAGAGAGAAAUAUCUGAGGAAAUGCUUAUUCUCAGAAAAAUUUACACAGUUCAGAGUAUUUUUAUAACGUAUAUAUAUAUAUAUAUAUAUAUAUAAUUAUGUCUAAUGAUAAUGAAAAGUAGAAAACACUAUACAGUUACACGCUUUAUGCUUGCCACAACUUUUAUGCAAGCACAGGCCAGGCAGUUGAUGGAUGCUUUUGCACUUUCUGGUCACCUAAAUGACCAUCAUCGCCAGGAGAAGCUUAGUGCACCUUGUUAUUGCGAAAUGGAAGUGCUGUUGUGCCUGCAAAGUGUGCUUGAUUGAUGGCACGUCACUUUCUAGAAGCAUGAACUGAUUUCAAUGAAUGAGCACGGGUUAUACUUCUUUGAUUGGUGCCCUUGUCUUUAUUUCCCCACCUCCUCGCGUGUUUACUACUGCUGCAAGAAGACUGGUCCAGUUUGGUUGAAAUGCUCUUGCUAACACUAAAGAGCCAAAAAAAAAGGAAACCCAGUGUUCAUAGGAAUAUGUUGUUGUGGAUGAGCUCGCAACAUUUGUAAAUAUUGGCUUAGGUCUACGAAGGCUUAACAAAAAUGUUGAUCAAGAAAAAAAGGAACAAAACUUUGCUUUCAACUUCUGUAGGGCAUUGUAACUUAUGUUUUGUUUUAUGUAGUUCUUUGUUUAGCACACUAAAAAUUUAAUACACCUUCUGUUCUGCUGUUUCAGCGACUGUUGACAUUGCUUCACUUUUGAAAAUAAAGUGGUUUUUCUAGA